CAGCAAGCAGCAAUGGUUUGGCGUUAACCUAGAUGUCGCGAUGACUCGGACGGGACACUCUGCGUCCGAUGGGGAUCUACAUGUUCUACAGUGAUUGCACGGAUGUUACGGGGAAACGAACCCCUCCGAGGAGAGGCUGCGUUUUUGUCAGCGGGGUGGAUAAGUACGCUUACGAUGGUGACGAUUUAAUGUCUUUUGAUUAUGUCACAGGAAGGUGGUCGGCUGAAACCGAAGCGGCGAAAACCAUCGCGGACAAAUGGAACGCUGUGACCGUAUUGACCGAAUACACCAUCGGCUACUUGCGCGGCGAGUGUAUCGACUGGUUGACUAGGUUUGUUGAAUACAGCAAACGGGGACCCAGAGAAAGGGCAACCUUCCCUGACGUGUACGUGUUUACGCUGAAGACAAACGGCACUACUCUCACAUUGAUUUGUCUGGCCUCUGGUUUCUCCGGAAACACGCCUGCGAUGAGACUAAUGAGAAACGGCCGAGUUCUCAACACUGACGACGGUCUUAAGGUGUUUGACACUCUCCCAAACGACGACGACACGUUUCAAAGACGGAUCGUUGUGGAUAUCCUACCCUCUGACACGGGGAACUUCACCUGUGAGGUGUCGGAGGAAGACACGGGGUAUCACAUUGUCAAACACUGGCGAGCGGGGGAUCGCCAAACUCUUUGCGCACUUGGCUGGCCGAACGCUGCUUUGCCGUGGGCCUUAAUGUCAACAGUGUUGUGUUUGUGCACUGUAGCUUUGUGUCUGGUGGUGGUGUGUAUCGUACGACAACGGAGGACUGGACACAUUGUAAACCAAACCGAUCGCUGCCCACAACACCACGGGCUACGAGAUGAGACAUCUGGAGUUUGAUACAUAGUGCCUCGUAUGCGUGUAUGUCUCAAGAAAUGAUCUAUGUUUCAAUAACACCUCUACUGUUGUGUUUACGUGUAUGUGUGGCGGCAAGUGUCCCAGAUUCAGUGUUGUAUCAGUUAUUCUGUUUGAGUGUGUUACGACACAACGUUAAACUUUUUUUUUCAACUGAACACGGCUUGUUUCUUUUCUAACUUGUACAUUAGCAGAGGAAAACGUAACAGUUGGGGGUCCUGAGGACCCAAUGAAUCUCGGAUGGCUGACAACAUCGGACGACAUGCGUGUGUUGUACGGCAGUGGUGGUAACAGACACCAUUGAUUGUUACUGCACUUUAUUUUCUAGAACAUAGCGUAGACCGUAAACCAUGACAUCUGUGUAUACAACACAUUGUUUUUUCAUAGGACUCUGCUAUUUUACAUUCUUCACCGCAACAGUAUAACAACGUAACCGCUGAUAUCAUGGGAGUACAUUGACAACAAUAUAAACAGUGACACUGGUGAUUACAUACGUUAGGCUGUAUGUAUGAUACAACCAAAUAAGACUAAAUCUUCCUCCCCAGGCUACAAUGUUCAUCGCAUUGGUCUCCGUUGUAUACAAACAUGAUACGAAAACACAAGAGUACCAUCGUGUACUAGUACAUGGCACACACAAUACUUCAUGACCAUUGGCAUGCUUUAUAUGGAAUACAAAAAAACAAUUGUAACACACAAUAUUCAGCGUUAUCAUUUCUUACAGCCCUGUCAUUUCUUGCGGAUUGUGCUGCUGCAAGUUAUAGUCCACGUUGACCCUUUUCUUCUUUUUCAAGCACAUCCUGCAGCAUAGCACACAGCACACGCAGCUGGCUAUCGCUAUUAUAACAACUACAGCGAUAGCUAUGUACAAUCCGUAGGUUGCCAAGAACGAGUCUUUGCCGUCUUGAUACAAGUCUCGCCCGCUUUCGACACGAGCGGCCUCUUCUUUCAGAGCAGCGAACACGCCAGAAUACUCGACCUCUUCAUCCUCGCUCAUGUCAUUGUCGAUAGUCUUCUCAUCCUCUUCGGUCAAAGGGUGGCCCGUGAGCUCAGCCAGGGCUGUGAGUCCGCCGUUUAGGUCUUUCGCGUACAGGCUGUUUCCCACUUUGAUUAUCUGCUGAAUGGUCGCGAGUUUCUCCUCGGGCACCCCUACGGAUUUGGCGAACUUGAUGAUGACAUCUUUGUUGCUGACCACGGCAGCUCCUAUGGCUUUAGCUGCCCUCUUUGCCUUAUUGGACGUUGCAAUCCUUUUGACGGCCUCCAGCUUCUUCUUCAGCUUCUCUGCCGUCGAGGCCUUUGUGUCGAUUCUAUACACACCCUUGGCUACCGCCACUUUGCCCGAGCUGACCUUCGUCGAGCCCGCGUACACCUCGCAGUUUGUCGAGGAACACUCUUGGCACAGCUUCACCAGGCACUCUUUCAGCGUCUGCGUGGUUUGGCAUUGAGCGGACCCUAGGGUUUCCGUGUUGGGGCAUCUGUAUGACACUUUGGCCUCGGUCGAGCCGUAACUCUUCAACGUCAGCCCUUCCAGGCUGGUGGUGAGGAUUCUACCGUUGUCGUCCUUUUUGGAGUACCCCUUGAACAGCCUGGUGUCGUCGCACCGCUGCACGGCGCAGGCUUUGCACACCAGUUGCUUGUACGUCUUGUACGUGGACGUGCGGCCCACACUAGACGCGUCCACUGUCACAGUCUCACCGUUCAGACAUGUCGCGCUGUAGCUCUUCUUGGUCGAACUGCAGCUGGUGGAGUAGAACAACGCUCCUAAGCACAGGAUAGUGUAGACCGCUGUCUUCAUAGUUGACAAAUUAACCGGAGAUGCUUCUGCGUGACUCUGAUGUCUACGUCUGGAAACGCGUUAUGUCCGUAAGCUGUUGCGUUUUCUCAGCAGUGGCAGACUGUUGGGAUAAAGCGGCCUGUUUGGGGUAGUAUUUAAUCACAGUCAGAGCCGCCGACCCGCAGGUCGGGAGCCGCCGACCCGCAG